AUGGUUUCUUUCCAUCUUAAUCGAUCCGAUAAUGAUGAUAUAGCCGAUGAGAAGCAGCAGCAUACUGAUCAUGUUGAAGAUACAUCGAAUGUGACCACUGUUGACGGUAUUAGAGUCCUCGGCCUAAGUCCAGAUGAUGCCACUUUUCUUGACAACUUUUCGCAAGAUCAGAGAAAAGCUGUUUUGCGCAAGGUCGAUUACCGUCUCGUACCUAUGUUGUCAGUGCUGUACUUGGUCUCUCAUCUUGAUCGAGCCAACAUUGGAAAUGCGAAAAUCGCCGGACUUACCUCGGAUCUCGGGCUGAGUGGCAUUCAAUACAACAUUGCCCUUAGUCUCUUCUUCAUUCCUUAUGUUUUGCUUGAGGUGCCAAGUAACAUGCUUUUGAAACGCUGCGCACGGCCAUCCUUCUAUCUCGGCACUCUUAUCAUUUGCUGGGGAAUCAUCAUGACCUUGACGGGCGUUGUGCAAAACUUUGGUGGUUUGGUCGCAGUUCGUAUCUUGCUGGGAAUAUUUGAAGCUGGAUUCUUCCCCGGUGCGGUCUACCUCUGCUCCUUUUGGUACAUGCCGAGAGAUCUUGCGACGCGAAUCUCCAUCUUUUAUUGUGCAAGCGCCCUGUCAGGUGCUUUUUCAGGUCUCUUGGCAGCAGGUAUUGCAAAGAUGGACGGCGUGGGCGGUUAUGAAGGUUGGCGCUGGAUCUUCCUGCUUGAAGGACUAGCUACAGUUAUUCUUGGUGUGAUGUGCUUCUUUCUUCUUAUCGACUCGCCUCGUUUGUCAAGUCGGUGGUUAAAUCCGGAGGAAAUAAGAUUUUUGGAGCUGCAGCACUUUAUCAAGGAUGGAGGUCAGUUCAAGGAAGAGAGAAGUAGGACUUCGUGGAAUGAUAUCCGAGCUGUGCUUUCGAACUGGAGAAUGUAUCUGCUGGCCUACAUUCUCUUAUGUCAAUCUGCCUGUUCUUAUGGAACCAAGUUUACACUUCCCACCAUUACAAAGGGAAUGGGCUUCAGUGGCACAGCUGCCCAACUUAUGACCGUGCCUCCCUACGUCGCAGGCGCGAUAUCUGCCGUCUUCUUUUCAACCCUGUCCGACCGGUUUUACUGGCGUAUGCCAUUUGUAGUCGCUCCACUUCUACUAAUUAUCAUCGGGUAUUCGAUAAUCAUCGGACUCGGUGGGCAUCUGAAGGAGAAUCUAGGACCGGGCUUUUUCGCCAUUAUUCUUACUUGCAUGGGUAUUUAUCCCACCCACCCAUCCACAACAUCCUGGACGAUGAACAAUCUCGCACCCUCGAACCGUCGAGCCAUUGGAAGUGCGUUCAAUAUCUGCGUUGGCAAUAUUGGCGGAAUUAUUGGAAGCUACAUGUACCUCGACCGGGAAGCCCCUACUUAUCCUACGGGCUUUGGAUUGUCCCUGGCAUUUGGUGGUACGGCACUAUUAGCGGCAUUGGCUCUUGAAGCAUCGUUUUGGUGGGGAAAUAAGCGGAAGAAUGCGCUGAGUGAGGUUGAGAUUCGGGAGAAGUAUAGCGAUGAGCAAUUGCUGCAGAUGGGGGAUAAGUCGCCGCUAUUCAGAUAUACUCUCUAG